AUAUAUAUAUAUAUAUAAAAUGGCGUUCCUCUCCAAAAUUAUUCCAUCAUCCCAUCGCUUUCUCCAAAUUACUCCGUCACCCCGUUGCUCUCUUCGAAUCUCAAACCUUGUCUCUGUUCACCUCUUCCGAACCCUAGAUCCCCGACUCGGAUCGCGAAAACGAGCUCGAAAAGAGGAGAAACGGUGUUUCCGGAGGAAUUUCUUGCAGAUAAACGGUGGUGUUUGGGGGGAGGAAAUUCACGUGCAAGUGACUGACAGCUGAAAGUCACCAGCAAAAUACACAUCCGGAGGAGUUCCUUGAGAGGGAAAGAUUGCUGGAAAGGGUUCAAAAGGUGCAGAAAUGGAGUCUCUGGAGGAGCUGCUUGCAGAAGAAGGCUUUAAAGGAGGGAAAAUGAAGUGGCGGUCAAGAAAUUCUUUCAAAUCUGAUACCACGACUAUGCAGAAAGUUGUGAGUAUGCCACAGCACCUUCAUCACGAGCAGAAUCAUUUAGUUUCUGCUCCACCAGAUAUUCCGGUUAGGACGAGGAGGGUCAGAUCUGAUGUUUCCUGGCAUGUGUCAGGACUCGAGUUGCAAAAGAAUGAGGGAGUUAGAGACAGGAGAUCUAGUAAUAACAUGCUUGAAAUUGAGAGGUUGGUUGUCAAACCCGAUAAAGAUGCACAGGAGAUUGAGAUAGUCGAAGAAACAGAUUCCACUGCAAUGCGCGAAUAUGAGAAAUUUAGUUUUGGAGAUUCUGACAAAUUGCAGGAAAACUUGAGGUAUGAAGUGGGAAAAAAGAAUGGAUCCAAGGAAACCAGGAUUUUCAAUGAUCAAAAUUUGGCUGGCGUAAAAGAAAAUGCAAGCUCUAAAGAGAGGUUUUCGAAAGAGUUUCUGGAAAAUGACAGAUUGAGUGAUGGAUACGGUAACGACUUUCACGAAAAUGAGAGAAAUGAAGUAAGUGGGAGGGGUUUACUGGAAGAUGGGAGAUAUGGAAACAGAUCGUCGAAGCCUCUGCUGGAAAAAAUGAACUUGAACAAUGCUUCUCGAAAUAGUUCACAGAGCAGUAAAAACUCAGGUGAUCUUCAGAGUCAAAGGUGUCUAAGUCUCGACCAAAUAGUUUCUGAACCUGCACUCGAUGAAGCUGCUGUCCAAGCCAUGAUUUCAAUCUUAAGCAAUUACGUCAGACGUUUUCCGAAAGAUCAAACUUUCCGAACAUCACUUCGCCAGAAUUGUUUGUCAUGCCUAAGCUCCACUGGAUUGGAUGAACCCCAUCAUAAUGAUAGUGGAGCGAUCGUUAAUUUCGGACAUGCAGUCGAAACAGUGGAAAGAGUCGCUGAUAAAUCAGGGAAUCCAAUGGAAUUGAAGAAAGCUUCUUUACAGCUGAGUGUCAUUGCAGGCUUAAAUUCAAAGGGCUUGAAAGAUGGCUUUACUUCUGGAAUUUCCAAUUCACAUUUGGCAGCUUGUGCCCAUCUCUACCUUAGCGUUAUUUAUAAGCUCCGAAAGAAAGAUUUGAUUUCCGCAAAGCAUCUUCUACAGGUUUUCUGUGAUUCACCCUUUCAAGCACGGAAGAGUUUGUUACCAGAGCUGUGGGGCCAACUUUUCCUUCCUCAUCUUUCACAUUUGCGGCUGUGGUUCAACCAAGAAGCUGAGGCCAUAUUGAACUCCUCAAGUAGGCCAAGGAAAAUGAAGCAUCUUGAGAAAGCAUAUAAUGAAAUAGUGGAUAGUGGUACCUACCAGUUUGCAGUUUAUUACAAGGAGUGGCUUACGAAAGGAAUUGGAGCUCCCACCAUUCCAUCCAUCCUUACCCCUACAACUUCUGUCCGUGGAGCUUCAGCAGGAGAUUCACAUGGACUUCCUCCAGAGCUACAACCUAGUAAAGUUGGUUAUGCUUCUUUUCAGCCAAUGACCAGCAAAAGACUGCGUGAAGCUGUUGAUGUCCCUUAUAAUAAAUAUGGGGCCGAUGAAGUGAAGGAUGGAGAGGCGGAGGAGAGCUUCAGUACCUGUUUGAAAAGUUUAGAUGGUGCUUCUGAAGAAUUUGAAGGAGCAGGGUCUUGCUAUACUGAACCAGGAACUAACACAGAACAACAUAUGCAACAAGAGCAUUGCAAAGAUACGGCGGAGGAUGCAUCUAUUCAAGAUUUGGCACCUGAAAAUGCAUCGGGAUCACAUUAUGUGGCGGUUCAAGAUGUUAAAGAACUCCAGGAAGAAAGCAGCAAUGCACUGAAUGCAUCAGGAUCACAUUGUGUGGCGGUUCAAGAUGUUAACGAACUCCAGGAAGAAAGCAGGAAUGUACUGAACAUCACAGGGACAGCCACCAUACUACAUCUAAUUUCACAUACAAAAGCAAAUGAGCUUACUCUUAAGAAGCUAGCAAAAGCUGUUUUCCACCUGCAGCAUACUGAGGAUUCCCCAGAUUCUGUAUCUGCUACUAUGCUGCAUUCGAAGUGCAUGCCGGUGCCCUAUUUGUAUACCAAUCAGAGCAACAAAAGAUCUUGUAUGGAGUGCAAGCACGAGAAAAUUGCAUCGACCUCCGAAACAUUGAAUAUUGAUUUACCUGUAACAAGCUCUAGUGCAGGGCUGCAUGGAAAUUAUGAAUAUUUUGAAGAAACUUCUUUCUUCUCUAGCAUUCCCAAGGAUUUCUUCUGCCCUUUAACACGUCGGUUGUUUGAAGAUCCCAUCACGCUAGAGACUGGUCAGACCUAUGAGCGAUUGGCCAUUAAGGAAUGGUUCAAUCGAGGCAGCAGAACAUGCCCAGUGACUGGGCAGACACUGGGAUCUGUAGCAGUUCCAUCUACUAAUUUUGUCUUGAAGCGUGUUAUUGAUGGAUGGAAAUCUGAACACUGUAGAAAUCUCUUGGUCUUUGCCACUCACAUAGCAGGUGUUUCAACUAAACACAACUGUAGAUCAAAGGAGACUGCAGCUAUGUUCAUAUUAGAGCAGCUCCUCACAAGCUUAAACACAGAGGAAAGUAUGGAGAAUGCUAAACUGCUUAUCUCUUUGGGAGGCUUGCAGUUUCUUGUUCGGAGGCUUGAAUUGGGCAACAUGGAAGAAAAAACCUGCACCGCCACACUAUUGUCCUGUUGCAUUAAGGCCGAUGGCAGUUGUAGAAAUUACCUAGUGAGAAACAUAGACAUAUCAUGUCUUAUUCAGCUCCUGCACAACAAACAAGUUAAUUCACGGACAAAUGUGGUGUUGUUGUUGACUGAACUGAUUUGCCUUAACAGGAGGACAGCGAUCACUUUACUCCUGAGAGGUAUGCGGAAAGAGGGAAUCACGAAUACACUGCAUGUUCUGCUUGUGUAUAUCCAGAGCUGUCCACCUGAGCAAAGACCUCUGGUCGCUGUACUUCUCUUGCAUUUGGAUUUUAUGAUAGAGCCCAUAAGGCAUGAUAGUAUCUACGCAGAAGCAGCAGUAAAUGCACUUAUAGUGGCUCUGGACUGCAGUUUAACUGAUGAGAAAGUCCAAGAACAGUCUUGCAAAGCUCUUCUUAUCUUGGGUGGCCAUUUUUCAUACUCCGGAGAGAGAUUGACAGAGACUUGGCUACUAAACCAGGCAGGAUUCUAUGAUGGUUAUGAUGCCAACUCUCCAGAAAAUCCCCCCCAAGAGGAUGGAACCAUGCCAUCGGAGGAAGAAAAAGAAAGCGAACUGUGGGCAAAGAACAUCGCGGCUUCGCUGCUCCAUAAUGGAAAGAUGUCAUUCCUGGAGACUAUCUCCAAGUGUUUAGACUCCAAAAGCCCUGACUUGGUCAGUGUGUGCCUCACCAUGGUAGCAUGGAUUAGCCAUGCACUUUUUGCUUUGUCCAAUGCUGAACUCCAGUUAUCUGUGUUCUCAUCUCUCAUCCCUCCACUGAAAGAAAGCUUAAAGAAUGCACAAAUUGAGCAUCGAGUGCUUGCUUCCAUGUCCCUGCUCAAUUUCAGCAAGGUUUCAGAAUGCCAGGUCCUACUCAUGACAUUUGCAGAAGAGAUUGUGGCUCCUCUAUGUAGCCUUUCAGAGGUCACGUGGACAGCAAAACAGCUCCAUUCCAUUAUCUCAGGUGACCCCCUAUAGAGCCUGAAAGGCAAGAAAUGCCCAUCUCUUCGGUCACAGCAAGUGAAUAUACUGUACCAGUCAUCUUGUCAAUCCCAUAAAAGGAAAAGAAGAAGAAUGAACAAACAAGAAAUAUGGUAUCUUAGUUGUGUAAAUUAUGAUCGGUAUGCAUGUGUUAGGUGAGUGGUUGCAGCAUGAUCUCAAAAAUGUACUAUAUUUGAAAAUACUGUUUAUAGCCUAUGUAACUUGCUUUAUAAUAUUGUUUUUGGCACCGAAUUGCAAGGACAAUAUUCUCUUCAA